AUGCCCGCGGGUGCACCCACUAAUCUACAAUUGUUUGCAUUAGCGAGGCGUAUGCGAAUACCUUAUUUCCGAGGUGUCUACAUGCGUAACGCUUUACCCGACAAGAUACAUAAAAAUGAGAGCGGUAUCGUGAAUUUGGACGAUGUCGACGGGUCGGGCACGCAUUGGGUGGCGUACGCCAAGAGAGGCGAUCGCGCCGUAUACUUUCACAGCUUUGGCAAUUUGCAACCGCCGAAGGAGAUUACACGCUACCUCGGAGGCACCGAUACAACGAUAACGUACAAUCGCAUAGCCUACCAGACAUGGUGGGUAAAACCUCAUCUUUCCAUGCAAAUAAGACAGAAUUUUGGAGCUCACCAGAAAUUAUUGCAAUACUUCAAAACAAGUGAUCAUAAAGAAUUUUUCAAAUUUACAAGGAUGUCUGUUGAACAAUUUGACAUGUUGCAUAAACUUCGUCUUGCUCUUAUAUUGAGUUAUCUUGCGCACGGAGAUAGUGCUGUAACCACAGCAUGGCAUUUUCGUGUAGAAAGAUCAACUACUUACAGUAUCAUUCCUGAAGUAUGUAAAGCAAUAUGGGACAUUUUACAACCACUGUAUCUGAGAUACUCAAAUGAAGAAAAUGAGUGGAUAAAAAUAGCAAAUGAUUUUAAUUCUCUUUGGAAUUUUCCAAAUUGCAUAGGUGCUAUUGACGGCAAGCACAUAAAAAUUAAAGCUCCUCCGAGGUCAGGCAGUACUUUUUAUAAUUAUAAAGGCAGCUUUAGUUUAGUAUUAAUGGCUAUUUGUGAUAGUCACUAUCGUUUCACAUGGGUGGAUAUUGGCGAUUACGGUUCACUGAACGAUGCUGGUAUCUGGUCUAAAACUGAAAUGAGUAUCGCAUUGGAGAAUAAUACUGUGGCUUUACCACGAGAAGUUUAUUUGCCACACACUAACGUUGCUGUACCCUUUGCUCUUGUUGACUUGAGCGAUGGGGACUACGAGCUCGGCCUAACCACGAUGGAGACCUACAACACGAUUCCAAAAGUGACAGUAGCGAACAAUAAAUUUUAUUUCGAUGACAAUGACGAAGAAAUUACAAUUCCCGAAGGAUCGUACAAAUUGGACGCCAUUGCUUCUUAUCUGAAACGCGCGAUACAAAAACGAGGAAAAAGUGAAGAGCAAGAUUAUCCAUUGUCAAUUCAUCCCAACGUUAAUACCAUGAAGAGUGAAAUCAUGUGCGCUUUCCGUAUAAAUUUCGCCAAAUCGAAUACCAUCGGACUAUUGUUUGGAUUUUCGACGGGUCGUAUACUGGAACCGAGAAAGUGGCACAAAUCAGACUCCUCGGUAAACAUUGUCAACGUAAACAUUAUAAGAGUAGAAUGCAGCAUUACCGCGGGUGCGUACGCCAACGACAAGUCGGUGCACAUGAAACACGAAUUUUCACCGAACGUGCAUCCGGGAUAUAAAGUCUCGGAAACACCGGCGCAAAUCAUUUACCUUCCGGUCAUCGCAAGGAGCGUUACUGAUAUCACCUUGCGCGUGGUGGAUCAAGAAGGACGAUUGAUUGACUUUUGCGGAGAGGAAAUUACCAUCAGACUGCACUUGCGACGACGUGGUGCGAGGAAAUGCUCGUGUUGA